UGGGCGGGACAAACUAACACCGGCGUUGUCAACAAAAUAUGUCCUCUCCGGUAGAAACGAAGUUUAAUUAAUUUUACUCGACAGCACAGACAGGUUUGGCGUAAACAUGAGUUCAUUUGCAGGUCGAAUGAAGGAGUAUCCCACCGUGUCUUUGGACCGGUUCGACCGGGAGAACCUACAUGCCCGGGCAUAUUUCCUCUCCCACUGUCACAAAGAUCACAUGAAGGGACUGAAAGGACCAAUACUGAAGAGGAAACUGCAGUUCAGUCGUACAGUUCGGCUUUACUGCUCCUUCGUGACCAAAGAACUUCUUCUGAACAAUCCCAAGUACGCUUUCUGGGAGGAAUACAUCGUUCCCUUAGAGCUGGAGAGCCCAACUCAGAUUUCCCUGGUUGACGAGGCAUCUGGAGAGAAAGAAGAGGUCGUGGUCACGUUGCUUCCUGCAGGCCACUGUCCCGGCUCUGUUAUGUUCCUGUUUGAGGGUUCUCAGGGAAACGUGUUGUACACAGGAGACUUCAGGUUAGCUGCUGGAGACGUCUCGAGAAUAGAACAUCUGCACUCAGGCAGCAGAGUGAAGGAUAUUCAGAGUAUUUAUCUGGACUCCACUUUUUAUGACCCACGAUUCUACCAGAUCCCCACUCGGGAGGUCUGUCUGAACGGUAUCUCAGAACUCAUUGGAAACUGGAUCACUCAGAGUCCUUAUCACGUUGUGUGGCUCAACUGCAAAGCUGCGUAUGGAUAUGAAUACCUGUUUACCAACCUGGGAGAGGAGUUCAACACACAGAUUCAUGUCAGAAGUCUGGUGAUGUUCAAGAAGAUGCCGGAGAUCCUGAGCUACGUGACGACUGAUCGCAGGACGCAGAUCCAUGCCUGUCGACACCCUAGGGAUGAGGAGUUUUUCCAAGGCAGCCGGUUGCCGUGUGGCUGCACAGCACCUGAUGGGACUCCUCUUCGAAUCAUCAGCAUCAAACCGUCCACCAUGUGGUUUGGAGAACGAAUGAAGAAGACUAAUGUUAUAAUAAAAACAGGAGUCAGUUCCUUCAGAGCCUGCUUCAGUUUCCACUCGUCUUACUCAGAGCUCAGAAACUUCCUUUCCUACCUCCAGCCGGUCAACAUCUACCCCAGUGUUAUCCCUCUGGGUCGGACGCUGACUGAGGUGACACAGAUGUUGAAGCUGAUGUGCAGGAAACAGUCGGAUCAAACUAUGACUGUAUACAAACCUCUGGGAGUCCUCAAACGCUGCAAGGUGGAGCAACCCACAUAUGAUUCAGACAGCGAUGAUGAGCUGUUUGACGGGCUGGACUUGGCGCCAGUGAGGAAGAAGAUGGCGCUGAACCAAGAAAUGAAAAAUGUGAAAGAUCAGAGUUCUCAGGAAACAGCGCCCCCUGUGUCUGCGGUUGAGUCUCUACCUCUGACAGUCACAGACACACAGCCUGUAACAGGUAACUACAUGGACUGCACUGAGUCCAAUGAUGAAGAGGAGGGUGAGCAAGAGGGAGAGAACGAGGGAGAGGAGGAUAAAACACUGACGAUGGAGGAGGCGAAAGGAACAAUAAAGGACACUGAGAAUAAGUCGACUGACGUUGAAGGAAGCGGCUCCUCUAAUCCUCCAAAAUGGGAGGACUUCUUCACCACGGAGACGCUGACUGACAGCCAGAACAGCCUCAACAGCCAAUCACAGUCCUGCUGCUCUAUCUCAAGCCCCUCCCCCUCCAAACUGACUGAUUCACAGACCCCAGAUCUGUUCAGCGAUGAAGAGGAAACGCCUGAAAACUUCAGUUUGACUCUGUCUGCCUCUCUGUCGAAUCAUUCUUCCCAGAACCAGGAGUCAUAUCUACCUGACACUUUGAUCCUCCAACCAGAGCAGGAGGGGCGGGAACAAGGAGACAAGAGGACCAAUACUGUGUCUCAGGAGAAGGAGCGCAGCGGGCAGUUGGAGCAGGAGGAGCUCUCAGAGUCUCAGGUGUCAUCGGACUUUGAUAUUCCCUGCACGCCAGAAUCCAAAGUGCCUCAACCUGAUGAACUGUCGCAGUUGUACAGGAAGCUGGCGUCAGGAGAGGAAGUCGUCAUUAGAAAGGCAAGUCAGGGCUACACAUGACAGAAUGUUAAAGGAAGUUUUGGUGAGCCACGUUGCUACUAGGCUUGGGCCUGUGUUAAAAACCCACUAUUUUGAACACUGCAGCCUGUUCUAUUUUGUUCAGAGAACAUCGGCGUGCAGCCUCGUUCUGUGGACGAUGAACGAGGUGCAGACUGAUAAAGAUACAGUGAGUGCUGGACGGAGCAGUGAGUGACAACA